AAAUUUCAAAGCCAAUAUGGUGCCGUGGAACCAAAUAUUUGCACAGGCGUUGGGCUUUAGACUGAAUUGGGAUGAUCCACCAGAUUCCUUUCAUCCGUAUCAUCAUCUGUAUAGACGAACUGCUUAUAGCCACUUGGAAACAUUGUUAGAUAGGAACGGUUUGGAUGGUUUCCAAUGCGUGCGUCGUGCAAUUUGUGAGAUGGACAGAAUUUCGCAACCUAGAGGAAUCUACUGGAAAAUUUUAAAAAUGGUUUUUAGGAGGCAAUCAUCAGAUACUGACAAAUGGCACAAUAAAACUGAACAAGACUGUACCACCUCUAUCACUUCAUGUCCCUUCUCAAUGCUGGAAGUGUCGACGUAUACCGACUAUUAA